AUGGCCGCGAUGAAGCCAGUGCUGAACAGAGAGGCCGCAGAUCAGAAAGCCAUCGGGGUAUUGAAGCGCAUCGAUCCUGAUAUCGAGGAGCUCCUAGCCACCGUCAGCCACGUCGUGCUCUACCGAUUCAAUCCAGAGGGGCCUGCAUGGAUUAAGACCGAUGUGGAGGGCACCCUGUACGUGGUCAAGAGGCGCGGCCAGCCCCGCUUCCGGUACAUCGUUCUGAACAAGACCGGCAAGGAGGACUUCAUGGAGGACAUUGGGGCGGGGUUCACAUCGGAGAUCCACAAACCAUACAUCAUGUACCGCACUGACAUCGAUGAGGUCUCCUCCAAGGUGGUGGGCCUCUGGUGUCACACCGAGGAGGAGUGCCAGCGCCUGGGGGCGCUGUUCAGCCGCAUCCAGAGCCUCGUGCCAGGGAACCACGCCUCCGGCGCGGCCUCGAUCCUCAUGGGUGCGGCUCCCGAGCCGGAGGAGGACCAGCCCAGGCGGGGACGGGACGUGUCGGUGGCCGACAGGGCGGCGGUGCAGGCGCUGCUGCGGGGCUUGGCGACCAACGAGGCGCUGUGCGAUGAGUUUGCGAGGGAGCUGCGCGCCCAGAACCUCCUCUAA